CGCAGCAGUUACAAACGCGCAAAGGACGUGUAAUUUCGUUUGUUCGCCCGUUUCGAUUCCCGCUGGUUAGGAUUUAUUUGUCCUUUCCGUCCGACCAUCUUUUCUCUUCGAACGUUGUGGAUUUCUUCAUAGUGCUGGCAGAGAGAAUAUUUCUUCAGCUGUUUCGUGAGUUUUAGCCGAAAAACAAAACCACGCUUCCGGAAUAUCGGUGCUGAAGGGGUCACAUUGUGCGUAGAGUAACAGCGUAAUGUCAUAAAAGCCAAACAUCUUCUUCUGUCGAGCGUAAGUGGCCGUGCGAAUCUGAUCGCUUUACGUGAAUUCGUAAGCGACAGUGCGCGAGUGAGAAAGAAAGAACUAAACGUAAAAGCUUACGGGUGAAGUGAGAGAACCUGCAGCAAGCUGAUGAUUCAGCCACUGCAUUGUCGGUGCGCGCUGUGAAUGUGUACUGUUCAUCACAGAAAACCACAACGAAGUAGGAAUAUCGGUCCUCUGAGUGUUGCUGCCGGGAAACAAUAGUAUAUAUAUCAAAAGUGUAUAGAAAUCUUCAGUUAUAGUGUUCCGAUUAUUACGGUCCUGACACGCGAGUUACUGUGUGGCGGGCAGAUGGUCCCACCGUGCAAAAUAUCUGCAAUGAUAAGCCUCUUCAAGUUCCCAAAUUACUACGCCUAGCUGGGCUUUGCCGAAAAGUAAACAGAAAACACCUGCGUUUAGUGUCCGUACUGUAAGACAUCAAAUUACAGAAAUAUAACCACCACACCCCACACAGUCGAGGUUUUACGUAAGCGUAAUUAGUUGAGUUGCACAUGUUAAUUUAUGCACAUCGUUGGAGCGUUGUUAAAGCAUUGAAAUUCGUAUGAAUGCGCUUCUGUGCAUCCAUCUGCGUUUUAUGCAGUGCCAUUGCACGUACGUUUGAUAGUGCUGCGGCGCACCUGACGAUCAUCGCCCCCUGUCUUUCGUUUGACCAAACAAAAAACAACAAUACAACGAGUGUAGCAGAGUGCGAUUGGAAAAAAUAAUAGAAAGCGCGCGCAUGUGUAUGUGCAUGAAUGCGUGCUCGCAAGUGCAACUGUAGCAUUGUGAAGUUAUUUGGCGGGUAAUCUACUAGUUACACUGUAUUCGUCGUGUUCGUGUUCUAUUUGCACGCUAAAUGCAGUUUUUGAUGCAGAGCAGGAUUUCCUCCCCAAAACCUUCCCGCAAGGCUUAGCUAAUUGUUUGCGCAAGUUGGAAAAUUAUACAUGAAAGUGAAAUAAGUGCUACGAAAUCGUGGUGUGCGGUUCGAGUACAGACUGCGAGACUUUGAUUCGUCGGUAACAGCAGAACCGGGUAAUCCCGGAACCAAUUACUUCAAAACGUCCAGCAAAAUGAGGAUGAAACAUAAAUCUCCCUGCCUAAUGCUCCAGUUAAUACCAUCGGAUAAUCGUGCCAUCCAUGGUCAGCACAAACGGCACAAAGAUAGCUGCGAUGAUUCAUCGAUCGCGUCAAGCACCCGAGUUCCCUUAGCACGCAGCUGCUCUAGUCCCGCCGUAUCAUACGACAUUGAGUCUCAUCCUGCCUCGCUGUUGUUUCCCCACCUCCUUCUCGGGAACGGUCGGGAUGCGAUUGAUCCAUCAACUGUGGGAGCCAACUGCAUACUUAACGUCACUUGCCAGCAACCGACUGGUCAGCUUAAGCCCGGUCUCAAGUACAAACAGAUUCCGGCCAGCGACACCCCGCACCAGAACAUCAAGCAGUACUUUCAGGAAGCGUUCGACUUCAUCGAGGAGGCGCGGAAAAAGGAAUCCACCGUACUACUACAUUGUCAAGCGGGUAUUAGUCGCAGUGCCACCAUUGCGAUUGCGUAUGUAAUGCGCUACAAGGAACUAUCACUGCUAGAAGCUUAUCAGCUGGUUAAGCGGGCUCGCCCGAUUAUUUCUCCCAACCUUAACUUUAUGGGGCAGCUGCUGGAACUGGAGCAAAACCUAAUAGCGGACGGGAAGCUAGAACCACCGCCACCAUCACCGAUCAUAUCGCCCAGCCAGCCACCAUUCUUCUUGAUCGACAACUGUAGCAAGUACAACUCCUUAAGUGAGGUGACAACACGCCGCCAGCCCAAUGGAAACGAUGAACUGUCUACUCACGGGAACAAUGGAGGCGAUAACGAGGACUGUAAAAACAACAACCGAGACAGCGGCUGCAGUGUUGCCAGCAACAGUUCAACCAGCUCUGGCACCAGCAGUAGUAGCUGCAGCAGCAGUGGCAGUAGGGCCAGAUUACCAUGCGGUUUUCGCAACGGUUUCAACGGAAUUCGGUUCCCGCCACGACUAACACUGAAACUGCCGACCUCACCAACUUCAUCACCACCUUCGCCCUCGUUGUCGUCGCCAUCGUCACUAUCUUCCUCCUCUUCGACUGUCUCGUCCCGUGUGUCCUCCUCUUCCUCGACUCCAUCACCAACGCUUGGUAUUACGCCAAUGCAACCCAUCUGCAGUAGCAGUAGCCAUACGGGUGUUAGGAACUCUACCUUCGGCAGUGCCAGACCUUCCAACAUUGCUGCAUGCUGUAUGCACGAGCGCAGCACCAAUGCAUCUUGACUCCGUUUCUAGCGGCGAGCCAAUGCCUAGCGGAAAUGAGUUCAUCGAGGUCCUACAGUCACUCGUAUAAGUGAGUUAAUGAUAAGCUAGCGGAAGAGAUCCUAAUUAAACUAAACGUUGCGUACUUCUGUUGCGUAAAUACGCAUGAAAGAGUUGAUUCGGAAGGAUUCGUGAGUUAUCAAAUAUUUUCGAUGCUGCUCUUACGGACAAAGAUGACCAAAAUGAACCACUGUUUGCAGACAGUAUAGUAUGUGAACCGGAUACAAAAGAAAAAUAGAUGGUAGUUAAGGUUGCGUGCAUAUGCUUAGAAAUCCGUGUGAUAAAAUUGUUCCAUGUACGAAGCACAAUCGCAAACUCUGCUUUCAACCGACAACGGUCGUUCCGUUGUUCAUCUUCCGUAAAAGUAAGCUGUAGACACCAUCAACAGCUUACCACUAUAACGUUUUUUUAAAUGUAAAUAAUUCUACACUUUGUGAUGACUCACAAUCUACACCCUCCGUACAUUUUAACAGUUUCAGAUACCUAAGUUAAGGCUACCUAAUUUUAUAGUUUUCUAGCCAAAUAUUGUGUUUGAUGUAGACUAUAUCUUGUUUCGUGAUUUCCUGGUAUGUGUUCGUUGUAUCGAUUUGGUAACUUCAUACAUGAAUUGAUUAUAUCUUGCCUGACUAACAAAAGGGAGAACUAAUGCGGCUUAAAAGUAAUGCCAGUAAAACUCAUAUCGAACAACGUGCGCCAUCGUAAAUGAACUAGUUGUGCAAUUGUAAUGGAAAAACACUCACACGUUGGAGUUACAAAAAAUAUUCGACCCGUGGUUAGCUGAUACAGAAUUAGGUAUGAGGAAAAACUAAAUUUAGUAACAGAGACUUAUUCUUAUAGGCAGUAGUUGACAGAUUCUUGGCAGUUUUGCAUAAAUUUGAAAACAAUAAAGGUUAUACACUCUAAACUUCACUCUUUUGUAAAAUAAGAGAGCAACUCACCCGUGUCAGAUGCAUUUAAUUUACAAUCAAUGAAGCCAUAACCGCUCCACAAUCCUGGUCAGCAAUUUAGUUUCCAAAUUGAACAAAAUAUUUAUAUCAGUCUCUCAGUUCCUCGUCCCUUCCGGCAACGCGCGAUGUAUUGAUAUCUGAAUGCACUACAUGAACCAUAAAUUAAUAGAGAACAAUCGACAAUAGAUAGAUGAUACAGUCUAGCAGUAAAGUAUAAAUAAAAUGGAAACAGUAGCAUAGCAAAGAUAUGUAAUAUAAAAGCGUACCUUACGGUUGAUGUACAGGGUUUGUAUCAACACGAGCACGAUGAAUAUAUUUAAGCCGAGCAACCUUCAAUCAAACAUCCAUAUACUUGUAACGAAAACUGAAUCAUAUGUUGUUCAGAAUCAAAAUCAAUAGGACCAACUAUUCCGAUGUCACAAAACUAAAAAAGAAACAGUAGCACAUUCGUUUAAAAAAACGACAAUGACGACGAUAUCAAAAACGUACCCCACACAAACCUGGGUUUGAUUGUGUUAUAUUUGAUUGACGUUAAUAGUCUUCAAAGUUCCAACAACACAGAAAAACAAAUGCUAGUCUUAUUUGCUAAGUUAAAUAUAACCCACAAGGGCACCGAUUAUUAUUAAUGAUAAUAUGUACCGAAUGUUAACAUUAUUUUCAAUUCAUUUGAAUACUAUUUCAUUGCAAUUGCUGUAAACCUUACAACUGACGAGCGUAUUUGAGAGUUGAACUUGGAAAACACAAGAAUAUAGUGGAAAUAAAAGGAAAUUGU